AUGUCGCCAGCUGCCAUCGCAGAAGUGCAUAGAGAAGAUGCAUACAUCGCCAACACCAAGGCGAUGAGUAAUGGAUCUUCAUCAUAUAUGAAUGGAGGGGCUGUUCAACUUGGCAUGAAGAGAACCACAUUCCUAUUUGAUCGACAUCUCCACAAAGAAUUUCCAGUCAUCGUACGAGGAAGUGGAAGCAAUCUUUACACUAAAGACGGACGAGUCAUAUUUGAUGCCACAUCCGGCGCCGCUGUCUCAUGUUUAGGACAUGGCAACAAGCGAGUCACCAAUGCCGUUUUCCAGCAAAUGGCGUCCGGCAUUCCAUACCUAGCGUCGGGAUUCUUCGGCCAUGAGACUGUGGACGAUCUUUGCGAAGAGCUGAUAAACGGCACUGGCCGAAAAAUGGCCCGAGUCUAUUUGACUGGUUCUGGAUCCGAGGCUAUGGAAGCCACAUGCAAAUUGGCACGACAGUACUUUUACGAAAAAGAUAAAUCUACUCCACGAGUCAACUUCAUUGCUCGAGACGGUUCAUAUCAUGGCAACACUCUAGGCGCGUUAGGCAUGUCAGGCCACAAAGCACGCCGCGCACCCUAUGCCCCCUUCCUGAUGCCCAACGUCCAUCACGUGUCCUCCUGCAACCCAUAUCGCCAACGUCUCCCCAAUGAAUCCGACGCCUCAUUCGUUUCUCGCAAAGCCGCCGAACUCGAAGCCAAGUUUCAAGAACUCGGUCCCGAAACUGUCAUCGGCUUCUGCGCUGAACCCAUCGUCGGCGCAGCACUCGGCUGUGUCGCUGCUCUCCCCGGCUACCUCAAAGCCAUGCGCGACGUAUGUCAUCGCCACGGCGCGCUCUUCAUCCUCGACGAAGUCAUGUGUGGCAUGGGUCGCACCGGAACUUUGCACGCAUGGCAAUCCGAAAAUGUCGUUCCCGAUCUUCAAACCAUUGGGAAAGGACUCGGCGGCGGCUACCAACCGGUUGCCGGCGUACUGAUUUCGCAAAAAGUCGUCAAUGUUCUCUACAACGGCACUGGACAGUUUAUCCACGGACAAACAUACCAAGGAAUGCCUGUCCAGGCCGCUGCUGCCUUAGAAGUCCAACGUAUCAUCCGUCAGCAUGACGUCCUCGACAAUGUUCGCACGCAAGGCGCAUACCUCGGCAAACUUCUCAAACAAUAUCUUUCUGAUCAUCCCAAUGUAGGAGAUAUCCGUGGAAAAGGACUUUUCUGGGGCAUUGAAUUUGUGAAAGACAAGAAGAGCAAAGUGGCUUUCGAACCCAAACUGAGCAUUGCGCAAAAGAUACACGAUUUAGCUAUCUCACACCCUUACAACAUGACAGUGUAUCCUGGGACCGGCACGGCAGAUGGCAUGUGUGGAGAUCACAUCAUGUUGUCGCCGAAUUACUUGGUUACGAAAGAGGAUAUUGAAUAUAUCGUGAGGGUUACGGUGGAUGUUAUUGAAACUGUUUUCGAAAAUCUAUAA